CAGCUGCCGCUAGCUACUUCCUAUUGUUAAAGGACCUCAGGUUUGUAUAGUUAGGAAAAAUGCAAUUUUCGACAAAUUGUCAUAUUCAGAAUGAGAAUUAUCAGGGAGAUUACCGUCCUUGUGUUUUGUAUUUCCCCCCCACCCAAUAACACCAAUUCCAAUCUAAAAGUACUGAUUUGCUAACAAACUAAUGUCAGCAGUGUUCAAAGCACACAUUAUAAUGGGGGGAAAUGGUUUUCAAUUCCAAAAUGCAAUAAUGGUUUAAAGUAAAAUAAAUCUAUACAUAUUAACCCCAGAUUUAUAUGACCACUAGUAAUCAUAAGGUGUCAUUUAUUGCAGAAAGACAGGCUUAGGUCAGGAAUGCUAUAUCCGAACAUAUUCAAGGACUGAUAGUGAAGCCUUUUGGCAGCAAGAAUUUUUCAAACUCAAGCCUACACAGAAACCGCCAAGAUGUGUUGCGGAGAAAGAUGCCAAGUGAUGUGUUCACACUGGCGGCUGUGGAUCAAGCCGUUAGUGUUCAUUUUGUACGGAGGAAUCAUUCUAGGAAUUGUUCCUUAUCUCAUAUAUACUCUUGGUGAAGGAACAGAACCUGAGGACAUAAAAGCCAUAUGACAUCCGAGUGCCCCUCGUCCCGGCACAGUCGUUUAGGUGUGGCGAGGGAAUAUAAUGUCUUAAUUUAUGGCCAAGUCAUCAUUCUUUUAUUCCUUGUGUUCAAGUUAAAAACACUACAAAGUGUUUGGAGGCGAUAUAUUUUUGUUUUACUUGCUUUCUUUCCUAGUAAUUUAAGUGUUAAAUUGAUCAAGAAAGUUCACUUUUCAAGCAGUCUGCUAUAAUUUUGUCUUUCAUAAAGUAAUAUUAUGCAAAUUAUUAUUUUAGUUGAUUUGCGCAGGAAUGGUAUUAAUUUGAAAUUUAUUUUCUAGUGAGAAUUUUGACGUCAAGUGUUACUGACAUUUUAUUCCUCAAUAUUUAAUCUUAAGUGCUCACACAGAGUUAUACUUAUUUUAUAUAGGCAUAAUGAUUAGCUUUAAAUGAAUUAGGGUAUUCUUAGUGCGAUAAUGUACAGGAAAUAUUAGUUUUCUUCUUUUUGUUUUGGAUUAUUGGCCUCUUUCUAUAUGUAGACUCCUAUACGUAUAUUUGUUUGUCAUCACUCAUGAUAGUUUACAGAUAAACAAAAAUGUCAAGAUAUAUCUUUCUGUGAUGUAGAUUUGGUAAUUACUAGUAGAUCUUGAUAUUUUGUUUUGUGUACUGUGGAGGUAUCCUUAAUUACUUGAAAAAAUAAGUGCUUAAGGCAAAUGAAGUUUAAAAACAACACGUGUUAGCUUUCAAGAUCAGUUAAUUAGUACUGAGCUUGACAAAAUAUCAAAUAUUUUGUCAGACUAGUGUACAACUCUCUUUGGCUUCCAUUAAUUAACGGUACCCCUAAUUCAUAUCCAGUAUUUUGAAAUUAGUACAGUACUUUUAAGUAGUUUUGCAUUUAAUAUUUAGUUCAUCCUGGUAGUUUUUAUAAGAAUUUCCAGUGGUUACGUUGCUUCAGUUGGAAACCUUUUUAUAUUAUCAGAUGUUGGGUUUAGUGGUCACAUGUAGUCUUAGGUAACCAUUACGUAUUGUGUUUCAUGUUUAAAAAAGUAGUUACAAAGAAUUUGUAAGUUUUGAAUAUGGAAUUAGAGUAUUUAAAUUCUACCUUCAUCAGUGAAUAACUAAUGUGAAUUUCAGUAGCUGUGAAAAUAAUCAGUUAAAUUCAUGAGAUAUCAAAACCCACAAUUCCGUACGAUAAAGCAGUGUAGGCACAAAAAAGAAAUAUAAGUUUUGGAAAUGUCCAACUCAGGGUGAUAUGAAAAAUAGAUUUCAGUUUCAAAUACAUAUAGUUUUUCAUCUGCCUGUAGUGUGUGUCACUGGGGCAAAGUUACUUUACUGCUGUACUGUACUUAACCAAGAAUUGGUUUUGAGUCAUGUCAGACAAGGGAUUGAAAGCUACUGUAUUAUUCUAACAUUAAAAUUUUGGAUGACUGGAACCUUUUAGCUAAAAGUAAGAGUCAUAUUUACGAUGCAUGCAACAUGUUUAGCUAAUAAAUUCCCUAACAGAACCAAAGAAUACUGGGCAGUAGAAGUCGUAGUGCCAUGUUUUACUAUCUGUAGUUUCUAGAUUUGCACAAGCACUCAAAAUUUAAUUGUGCCUUCUUUUUAUUACUCUGGAACUGAACUGUAUUUCAUCCUUUUAUAUUCUUGAAUAUUGUGUAACGUUAGUGAAGCACCUAACUUAUAGUUAGUAACAGUAUUCACUCAUAGGAUAGGUCAGUGGUGUCAGCAGUGAUAAAGAAAUUCAAUUUUUUAUGGGGUCAGUUUUAGACGUAAAUCAGGAUCAGACAGUGUUGAUCCCUUCAUAGUGCAUAUGCAUGCAGGAUUACUGUGUCAUUAUUCUGGUGUCAGUGUCAUUCACCCGUCUAGUGCUCGUUUGUAUAUACAUAAGAUUCACUGUUAUGUAUAAAUAUCUUUAUAUGAAAAGUAAAUAGAUUAUGAGUUAAUUCUAUUUCAUUGCUAUUUGUUUUAGAACACUUAUUCCACAGAGUAUAGCACUGAUAUUCAGUCCCAAAGUCCAAUAGGGCAGUUACCACUUACAGUGUGCUGUGUGGCAAACUGUAGAUGGUAUUAAAUUAUCUUUGCAGCAGACCUUUACCCAGCUGCAUUGCUCUCGUCUUAUACUGUUAAUCUUGUCCCUUUAAUCUUUCAUACUUGCCUGUCCAACCUCUUCAACUUGACCUUGCUUCAGUUUUCACCUGUUAUUUAGGGAAAAUUCUUUGGGGAGAACCCUAGUGUCUAUAAAUAUGACCUUAUGGUCUCAUUAAACUAAUUUAUUGUAAUAGUGAUAGUAGUACCAUAGUUAUAAAGGAAAAAUUGACCAAGUCUUGGGGUAUCUAUGUUUUUGUCAGGGAUAGGUUCAAGAAAGUGAUGGUAUCAUGUGGGCAGGCAUAGAUUUUUUCUUUGUAUAGAAAUAUCUAUAGGCCAGUAAUCAAUGCAUUUCAUUGUUUUUAACACAUCUAUAUUUUUAAAGUUAUCUGAUAGUUCUAGGUAUGCUGGGAAAUAAAACUCACAUGAAUGUGACACAAAAAGUUAAAAAAAUUACAAUUUUAGUACAAAAUUUUCGAAACUUCCCCAGUUUUUUUAUAUAUUUUUAUUAAAAUGAUUAUCUUAAAAAACGGUUACAGUUUAAAAAUUAAUUUUAUUUGAAAAACACUGCUCCAGCCAUGCUUUCAAAGCAAAAUCUUAGGUAAUGAGUGGAAUAAGUGCCUCUUAAUGAUAGGGAGAUUUGGAAGCUAUGAACUGGAAUAAAAUUGUUUCUGUAACCAUGCUAGCCUAAAAAAAAAAAGUAGUUUGUCCUCUUUAACCUUGAACAUUCACUUAAACUAAUCUCUUGACAUUUUCUCCCAGAAAAAGAUAAUUGGUCUCUGGCUUAUUGGUUAACAAAAAAUGUCUUCAAUGAUAACUCUUAGCACAUGAAAUGGAAUACAUUUUAAAAAUGUGUGAGUUAAUGCCCAAAUUUCAUGGUGGUAUAUCUCUAACAACAACAGAUAUAUGACUCGAUAAAAAUCUAGAAGUAGGCUUACAGAGGGAAGGAGUGAAGCCAUAAUUAGUAGUGUUUUCUGACAGAACUUUAUGCCAGACUAUCAGAUACCUUGGAUAUGUUAAAGGUUGCAACCAGUUAUUCUCCUUAGUCCUAUAUAGAAGAUGAACUGAAAUCAGUGAAAUGGGAAAGGUCACCGGUAGGUCAUGUAUUGUGACAGCCUUGCUGAUGAUCUGCCAGGAGAGUCUUUUGUUCUCUCCCUUAAUGGGAUUUAAUUUGGCAUAUCCGUGCCCUUACUUUUCUGUCUUUUGUAAGGUGGCUUCACUCUUUCAGUAACUGUUGAAAAGAGUUGAAGGAGUCUGUUCCUCCUCUGCUCUGUAAUGUGUAACAUCAACCAGGCCUCGUUAUCAGUUUUUGAUAUUUCAGUUUGGAGGGUUUUUUUUUUGUCAUAAUUUUUUUUUUUCAUUUCCUUCUGUUACCGUGUUCUUAUUUUCCAAGUUUUUGUUCUUUUGCUAUUAGUCAAGGGUAAAUGCUGAGUAUCACUUUUGUAUAUCUUUAGUUGAAUAAUACUUGAUAGGUAAUAGUCAUCUAUCAUCCUAUGCUGCUUAACUAUGAGUUGUAACAUGUGUUUACCUCUUUUAAGAUUGAAAUGCUGGCCUUAGGCUGAAAGUUACGUGAAGCUUUGGUAUGGGACUGUGAGAGAUGGAUUAAUUACAUUUUCAUAUGAAAUAUGGGUAAAAUAGAAUCCUUAUUUUCAGCGUUUUUCAAGUGGCUUACAUUUCACGUUGAAUGUAACCCUCCAAAGAUAAAACCUUUUUAGUUGUAAAUGUCUUGUCACCAAUCUAGGUAGAAGAAUCAGGUUCUUAAUCCCAAUCAGAAUUAGGCAAAAUGGUAGUUAUAUUGCAGGUAAGACUUUCCCUCCCCCACUCAUAGCCUUGUAUGGAAUUGGAGUCAUAAGAAAUGUGAGAUGGUUCACAGAGCUUUUAUGGCAAAGCUAUCUUGGCACCCUAGACACUGGGAGGCUAUAGAGAAGUGAACAGCCUGACUUACCAUAAAUUGUUUUAUGCUGACCAUCAGAGGUUGGUUAGAAAUGACAUUGUGAAGGUACGAUAACAUGAGAUUGCCCCAAGAAUUCAUUGGAAUAAAAAAAAAAAAAAAAACGGUUCAAUUCAUUGUCCACGAUCCAGUAAUAUCCGACCAUUUCCCGUUUCUUGUAAGAUUCUGAAGAAACCUUUGCUAGGAAGUUUGAAUUUAGGUUCGAGCUUGCCACGUCUACUUAGAUUGGCAGUGAGGCAUUUGUAGGUGGUAGUUUUCCAUCUGUAAGCUUGAGAAGUUAUAUGAAUAUUUUGUUAAAGGUUUGAAGUUCUAAAGUUUAAGAUUCCACUGUAUUGAUUAUAUUUUUUGUGAAUGUAGUGCCUCAUUUUUUUGUGAUACUGGAUGUAAGUUUGGUAACAAGAUAUCAAAUGUUAACUCAUAGGGAAAAUGAACAUGAGUUCACUCAAAAAUAAAACAGACAACUUCUAAAGAGUAAUAAUAGUUUCUUUCCAUUCCAAUAGUACAUUAAAAUGUCUUCUCUUGUUACAGUAGUUUAGUAUUGAAAAUGUUGGCUACUGAUAUGCAUUUCAGUCCGUAUAAUAAUGAGAGAACAGUACCGUCAGUUGAUGAAAGUUCUUAAAAGUGGAUCAUAUCUUGUGUGUAAGUAGUGUACAGAUUAAGAAAACUGCAUUCUGUCCCAGGUACUCUAUCCAGUAGUAGUUCCAGGACUCUCACUGUGUCUAAAUCAAUUACAAUUGUUUUACAACCCAGAUUCCUUGUACUAGUAUUGCAUAAGAUAGUAAACUUUCAGAGGUUUACUCCUUCAACAUUAGUUCUCUUUCAGCCAUAAAAUGUUUAUUACAUGUAGGAUUACUUCAUUUUAUCUUGAUUAGUAUCCUUGUCACUAGCAAUUGUCUUGAUUGAAGUGUAGAUUUUGCAGUACUGUCUGAAAUUUAGUUUGCCUGAUUAUCACCCGUAGGUUUUUGCCUAAUAAUAUAUGACAAACCCACUACAUACUCUGUACAUAAUGUAUACAGUAGUACAUUAAUAUAUUAACCAUACCUUUCAUAAUAAUUCUUCCUUAAUAAUUAAGCUUCCAAGCUUCCUCUGGAUUGCCUUUUCUUGUCUGCUUCACCUCUUCCUGUUUUCAGGUCAGGAGAAGAUUGGUGACAUAACUACCUUCAUCAGCAGCCUACAAAUGAAAUUCUAGUUUCUAUUAAGAAUAAAUGCUUUAAACUUAAUUUACAGGCAAAGCUGCAGAUUUACUAAAGCUUUGGAAUGUGGGAGGUUAGAGGCCUGGAAACCCUUUCGCAUGAGUUGAUACUGGAUGCCUGGUAUUUCUGACAAUUAUGCAGGUGUCAGUAUACUAAAAAAAUUUUUAUGUUAAAGUUAUUGCUUUUUAUGUCCCAAUUCAUGGAAAACUUCAAACCCCCUACUAUUCACUGUAAUUUUGUAUAAUUACAAAUACAUCAAAACACUAAAGAAUAGUAUUUAGUUUACUGAAGAAUGAUUGUUUUGUAUAUAAGACCAAUUAUGAGUACACAUACGUAUAAAUAAUAUAUACAGUACAUAUUUAGUAUUGCAUAUUUCACCAGAUUUGCCAUUUCUUAAUUUUACCUUUUGAGCUGCCAAAUCAACAAAUUACUUUUACAGUACAUUUAUGUUUUUAGGUUUACUUCCAACAUUGUGAAAUUGGUUUACAUGUUCAAAGGUGCUCCUUUGAGUCUACAUCUGUGACCGAUAUUUUUUUUGUGCCAAAUAAAAGCCGGUGAAAUAUAAGAAAUACCUCA